ACACCCAAACAACAACAACUUGAACCCGCCAAACACCCGCCCCAAAUCGCAAAACCCACCCCCGAAAAUGCUUUACAUCCCCGGCAAAACCCCCCACAACCUCCCCUACGACCCCUUCAAAGCCUGCAUCGUCCCACGACCAAUCGGCUGGAUCUCCACGACCUCACCACACCAGCAUGAACCCCCGAUACACAACCUCGCGCCCUUCUCCCAGUUCGCACCCCUAACCUUCGACCCGCCCUACAUCAUGUUCUCGGCCAACCAAACCCCCUCGGGCACCCGCAAAGACACAGUCAUCAACGCCGAGUCCACAGGCAAAUUCGUCUGGAACCUCGCGACCUACCCCUUACGCCACGCCGUCAACAUCACGGCUGAACAAGUCCCCUAUGAAAUCGACGAGUUUGAGCGGGCCGGGUUGGAGAAGGAUUUUUCUAGACUGCUACCGGGGGAUGAGACUAAUCCCGUGCCCAUGGUCAAGGCCAGUCCUGUCAGGUUUGAGUGUGUUUAUCACUCGACGAUGCGGUUGCCGGGGAAUGGGGAGGCGAAGACGGGGAUGGGGACGGUGGAUGUGGUUAUUGGGCGGGUGGUGGGCGUGCAUAUUGCGGAUUGGGCGGUUGGUGAGAAGGGGAGGUUGGAUGUGAAGAGGACGAGGCCGAUUGCGAGGUGUGGGUAUUAUGAGUAUGCGGUUGUUGGAGGGGAGGGGCAGGUGUUUGAGAUGGUGAUUCCGGGAGGGGAUGAGGCGACGUUGGCGGGGUUGGAGGGGAGUACA